GAUAGGAAGGAAAAUGUAAUCCUUAUCCCUUUAUUAUUCCUUCAAAACAUUUUCAGCGGUGAGUAUCACCCCAAAUAUUUAUCGACAGUGAAGAUCAUAACCUCAUCAUGUUUCACACAUUGUUCCCUUCCAUUAUUAUCACACAUCAUUCAGCUGCUACAACACUAACUAACACAUACACACCAUAUCAUAGCUUCAUAUAACAAACAUUUUCCCAAUUUUCUUUCUCAUUUUCGUUCCUUUCUCUCUCUCUCACACACACGCACACACCACAUGGCUUCGAUGAUUCCAAAUAUCUCUUCCCCAAACCUCACUUUCCCGAAGCAAAACCUCUCCUCCGUUACCUUCCCUCUCAAACGACCUUCACUUCUUCAAUUCCCUUCUCAACCUUUAUGUAUCUGUCUUAACUCCGUCUCCGAUGACAACCACAACAACACCAACAACAACAACGACGCCACCAACCGCCGAUGGGAUUCUAUGCUCAACGAAUUCCUCACCGGAGCGAUCAAACAAUUCGAUUCUUACAUGAACUCUCUCAGAAAAGACCGCUCUACUGCUAAAGACCGCACUGAUGUUAACGAUGAAGAAUGGGAUUGGGAUUGGAAUCGUUGGCGUCAGCAUUUCGAUCAAGUCGAUGACCAGGAACGUCUUCUUGUCAUCCUCAAGUCUCAGUUACGUCAUGCUGUAUAUGUGGAGGAUUAUGAAGAAGCUGCUAGGGUUAAAGUGGCGAUUGCAGCUGCAUCUAACAAUGAUAGUGUUGGAAAAGUGAUAUCUCUUCUCAAAAGAGCCAUAAAAGAAGAGCGGUACGGUGAUGCAGCUCUUCUAAGAGAUAACGCUGGUGCUGGACUUGUGGGUUGGUGGGCUGGUAUUUCAAAAGAUGUGAAUGAUCCACAUGGUUUAAUUAUCCGCAUAACUCCAGAGCAUGGAAGAUAUGUGGCAAGGAGUUAUAGUCCUAGGCAACUUGGAACUUCUGCUGCUGGUGUUCCUCUAUUUGAGUUUUUUCUUACAAUGGAUAAAAAAGGUGACUUCAAGUCGCAGGCUGUGUACCUAAAGCGAAAAGGGUCCUACCAUGGCCCCCCAACAACGUCCACUAAAACAUUGGAUGCUAGUGGGAGAUCAAGUUCAAUGGAAUCUACAGAAGACAGAAGUGAGCGGUUUGUUGUGAGUACUGAAGAUCCAGAAAGUGAUGAUGAUAGGAACGAUGGCUCUGACCCUGCUGAGGGAAUGCCUGGAUUUCAGAAUGUCUUGAAAGAUAUGAUUCCUGGUAAAAAGGUGAAGAUUUUCAAAGUGAUAACUCCAGAGAAAGUAGACAAGGAUAUGGUAUCUAAGGUGAUUGAGCAGUUAUUUGCAGAAGAAGAGAGUGGGGAUGAAGAUGAAGAUGGAGAAGAAGAAGAAGAAGAUGGCAAUGAAGAAGAUGGAGAAGAUGAUGGCAAUGAAGAAGAUGACAAUGAAGAUGGAGAUGAAGAUGAAGAGAAGGAAAGUGAUACUGAAAGUCUGGAACUGGAAGACAUUAAGAUGGAAACUGAGCGAGAGGGAGAUGAUGAGAUUGAGAUAAAUGCUGAUCUGGGAACUUUUGAAAUUGAUGAACAGAAUGAAAUUGCUGUCAAAGUUGUCAUUAGUGGUCUUGUGCAGAAACUUUCCAGCAAUUUAUCCCCUAGAGAUUUGCUUCGAGUUGCUGCUAAGCUGGAGAUGAAGGGUCGUCGUUCAUUUUCCUUUACUGUUGAAAACGAAGUCGGCCAGCUGAAUGAUCGUGACAAAGGGAAAUAUUCAUCAGAUAAAUCAAUUAAGUUUCAAAGUCGUCGCAGAGUUGAUCAUGUUAUUUCUGACCUUGCUAAAUUCAUUGGCAAGGAAAAAGUACCUGCAAAGGUGCUGAAAGAGGUAGGAGAAUUGAUAAGUCUCACUCUAAGCCAGGCUCAGAAUCAUCAACCAUUAUCCGGGUCAACGAUUUUCAAUCGCAUUGAAAUACCAACUUCAUUUGAUCCUUUAAACGGCUUAUAUAUUGGUGCAUAUGGUCUUUACUCCUCUGAAGUUAUUCAAAUGAGACGUAGAUACGGUCAAUGGCAAGAGGAUGGUAGGGAGGAGACUUCGGAUCUUGAGUUUUAUGAAUAUGUAGAAGCCUUGAAACUAACUGGGGAUCCUUAUGUACCAGCUGGCCAGGUGGCAUUUCGCGCAAAAGUUGGAAAGAGGUAUCAACUUCCACAUAAAGGGAUAAUUCCUGAAGAAUUUGGAGUGAUUGCUCGCUACAAAGGUGAAGGAAGAUUGGCUGAGCCAGGGUUCCAGAAUCCUCGAUGGGUAGAUGGUGAACUUGUGAUACUUGAUGGAAAGCACAUAAAAGCAGGGCCUGUUGUUGGAUUUGUGUAUUGGGCCCCUGAGUAUCAAUUUUUGGUCUUCUUCAAUCGGCUUAGGCUUCAACAGUAGGGUUUCAAUGUUCAUACUAUCAGAGACUUGUAAAUUCUUUCUUCAGAUUUCAGCGUUUCGAGGAAUGCUAAAAUCCUGUGCUUCGAUGGAAGAUAUCAUCCAUCACUGUAGACUUUUCUGGUUAAGUGUAAAAUAGCUUUCUGCCAAGCAGCAUUGUUUUUGAGCAUUGGGCUGCUUGUGUAUUCCUAACUCAACUUAUUGGAUUCAUAAUAUCAGCACUACACGCGCAGUGCACUUCAUUUCAUGUAUUGUAGAGGUGUAAGGUUCACAUGGCAUCCUUCAUCAAUUUGUACAGUGGUCGGAAUUAUUCUUAUGUUAUAUUCCCUUGUAUCAUAAUUUCAUAAUCGGGUGUAGUCUUGUGUUCAGGGUUUCAUUGUUCUUUCUGUUAGGAUGAAUCAAAUAUUUCAUUACAGGUCGCAUUAUUUCAUCUUCCCA